AUGGUGGAACAAUACAUCUGUUGUUAUGUGGAUUACCAACAAGACAACUGGAAAGGAUUUACUACAUACUGGUUCCUUCUCUCCUUUCUUUUUGCCAUCCGUGAGAUUAACCAGGACCCACAGGUUCUGCCCAAUUUCACCCUGGGCUAUGACAUUUACGAGAACUAUUAUGAACCAAGAAUGACCACCGAAGCCCUGGCAGACUUGCUCUCCACCGGACAGGCAAAUGUUCCAAACUACAUUUGUGGAAGAGAGAAAAGGCUGCUGGCUGUGAUUGAAGGGGUUGAAUCUGACAUUUCUGAGCAGAUUUCCACCAUAUCAAGCCUCUACAAAAUGCCACAGCCCCUGCCUCGCUCCAGGUGUACCAAAAGCUGUCUUCCUGGCCAAGCCAAGAUGGUCUUAGAAGGAAGACCACUUUGCUGCUAUGGUUGUGCCUCGUGUGCAGAAGGCACCAUCUCCACUCAGGAAGAUGCAGAGAAGUGCACAAGAUGUCCAGAAGAUCAGUAUCCAAACAAAGACCAAACCAAAUGCAUUCCCAAGAAAGUAACCUUCUUGUCUUACAAAGAAGACUUGGGGAUAAUCUUGGCUUCCUUUGCUCUCAGCUUGUCUUUGGUUGCUGUCUUCAUCUUAGCAAUCUUCAUCAAAUUCUUAGAAACUCCCAUAGUCAAGGCCAAUAACCGGGACCUCUCCUACAUCCUCCUGGUCUCUCUUCUGUUGUCCUUCUUGACUUCCUUCCUCUUCAUUGGCCGUCCAAGGGCAGCCACCUGCCUUCUCAGGCAAACUUCCUUCAGCAUCAUCUUCUCUGUUGCCGUCUCUUCCAUCUUAGCAAAAACGAUUACAGUGGUACUGGCUUUCCUGGCCACAAGACCUGGGAAUGCUGUGAGGAGAUGGCUGGGAAAGACUCUGGCCAACUCCAUUGUCCUUUCCGGAUCUGGUCUCCAAGCUUCCCUCUGCACCAUCUGGCUGGCCAUUUCUCCCCCAUUCCCUGAGUCUGACAAGCAAUCCCAGUCAGAGGAGAUUGUUCUGAAGUGCAACGAAGGCUCUGUUGCCAUGUUUUAUGGUGCGCUCUCAUACAUGGGCUUCUUGGCUACCAUCUGCUUCAUGGUGGCUUUCCUAGUCAGGAAUCUACCUGGAGCCUUCAAUGAAGCCAAGUUGAUCACCUUCAGCAUGCUGGUCUUCUGCAGUGUUUGGGUAUCUUUUGUGCCCACCUAUCUGAGUACCAAAGGGAAGUACAUGGUUGCUGUGCAGGUCUUCUCCAUCCUUGCCUCUAGUGCUGGGCUGCUGGGCUGCAUCUUCAUCCCCAAAUGCUACAUUAUUUUGAUACGGCCUGACUUGAAUACAAAGGAGCAACUAAUGGCAAAAACUAAAGAUGACUUGAAAGCAAGCAUAAAACAAUCCUAA